UGUGAGAUAAAAUUUUUAUGUAAGUUUUCAUAAAAAUUCUUUCAGUACUUUUACAAUAAAUUCACAGUGCAAAGAAAAAUUAAUCAAUUAUUCAAGAAAAAUAGGAAUUUAUGUAAUUAAUUUGUUGAUGGAAGUGUAAGAUUUUAAGAUAAAUAAGUGCAGCUAAAUAAAACCUAUAAUACUGUCAUAUAAAAUCUGCUGCCCAACAAAAAGUAAGCAUACAAAAAAUGAAUGAAAAUGAAAAAAUGAUAAAUUAGAGGCUCAAGAACAAUGAAUUUACGUGGAAUAUAUUUUUAUUGAAAGUGAGAGAAUUUGUGGUAGAAAAGAAAACUGCUCCUAAAACUGAACCUAAAUUGAACGAUAGUAAACUAUCAUAUGAAUCUUAAAUGCAAGAAAAAUGGAUCUAAAGACCAACAAGUCAUUCAAGACCAACAAAAGCAAACUCUGAUUAAAGUGUGAUGAAAAUCAAUAACUAUAGCUACAUUGGUACUAUUUUUGAAAUUCCCGUAAUUUCCUCAAACGCAAUUAAUUAAUGUUUCAUCCUUUUUUCAAAAAAGGAAAGUUUUCAAUAAAACCAAUCUGUAGAUGCAUUUGAAGCUUGAAAAUUCUUAUCAAAAUCUAAGGUGAAAGAGCAAAUAAAUUACAAAAAAUAAUGAUCUAUUCAAGAACAAAAUUAUUAUAAACUAUAAAUACUUAUAAAAAUCUAAUCUUGUAAUACAUAUGAAGUUAUUAUGGUAAAUUAGGUGUAUAGAGGAUAUUGGAUUUACUAACAUCUCAAAAAAAAUAUAUUGUAGAAAAAUAAUUGCAAUAUUUAGAGAGCAAAUGAUAUUCGAAAUCUAAUGAUAGAUCAGGUGCAACAACAAUAAUAGAAUACAAAUAUUGAAAGUUAAAAUUCUUCAAAAUAAAAAUUUUAUGAAAAAAAUAAUUAUUAAGUUGAAAUUCUUUAAAAUAGAAAUUUUAUGAGAAAAAAUAAAUAUUAAAAAUGCGCGGUGGACAGAACGUUAACCCCGGAGACAACCUCCAAUUUAUAGUUUUGAUAACAACUCUAGUAACAGAUUCAGGCAAUCUAAUAAAAAAAACCUACUGUACGGGAAACCUAAUCGCACCUGACUGGGUUCUAACGGCUGGCCAUUGUUUCCCUAUGAAAACCAAAGAGAUCCACCUGGAAUGGAAGCUUGGCCACACUUUUUGGGGCUACAAAUACUGGCAAUGCACCAGAAAAGCUGUCGACUUUCAUUUGUUGGAUCGACAGAAGUCAGAGGGUGCAUUUGGAGACAAAGAUUUAGCCCUGGUGAGGAUUGUACCCUGCGCAGAAAGUCCCAACCCUGUCAGGUUGGCAAUGAACAAGACUACCAACCUAGCAACGAAACGUUUGAAAUGUGUAACGGCUGGCUUCGGACAAGCAUUCGAAGGCGAUCAAACAAGACCCAAACUGAGGAAACUUGUUGUUCGUGACUAUGAAUUGUAUCUGGAUUGCGAAGACAACAAACUUUGUAUAGAUUUUGAUGAGGAGGGGAGAGGUACUUGUAAGGGGGACUCCGGGAGUCCACUGUUUUGCAAUGGCCAACUGUACGGUGUUUUGUCGAAUAUCCGAUACAAUGUUGAUCCUUGGUACUGUGGCAAGGCAAGAACCACAACGUAUUUCGAGGAUGUGAGAGACUAUCAGGGAUGGAUUAACAAGACUAUGUCGUGUGAAGUGGUCAACUCUAGUCCAGUAGCCUAUUCCAAUUUCACAUUGAUUUUGGUCAUGUGUUUGCUACUACAUAUGUGCUGGAUUCAAUAAAAAUACUACAAAUUUU